UAGGCUAUAGGCUGUACUCUGAACUGCAGUUGCCCAAGUUUCAAGCCAGGGAAGAUAAAUCACCGGCAGUGUGAGCAGUGCAGACAUGGAUGGGUGGCGCAUGCCCUGAGUAAGCUGAGGAUCCCCCCUUUGUAUCCAGCAAGCCAAGUGGAGAUUGUCCAGUCUAAUGUGGUGUUUGAUAUUAGCAGCCUUAUGCUCUAUGGAACCCAGGCCAUCCCCGUUCGCCUGAAAAUCCUCCUCGACCGGCUCUUCAGUGUACUGAAGCAAGAUGAAGUCCUUCAGAUCCUCCACGCCUUGGACUGGACCCUUCAAGAUUACAUUCGUGGAUACGUGCUGCAGGAUGCAUCAGGAAAGGUUUUGGACCACUGGAGCAUCAUGACCAGCGAAGAGGAAGCAACCACCUUGCAACAGUUCCUCCGUUUUGGGGAGACCAAAUCCAUAGUCGAGCUCAUGGCAAUUCACGAGAAGGAAGAGCAGGCCAUCAUCAUACCACCAUCCACAGCCAACGUGGACAUCCGGGCCUUCAUUGAGAGCUGUAGCCACAGGAGCUCCAGCCUCUCCACUCCUGUGGACAAAGGAAGCCCCAGCAGCACACAUCCCUUCGAGAACCUCAUAAACAACAUGGCUUUCAUGAUGCCUUUCCAGUUCUUCAACCCUGUGCCUCCUGCUCUGCUAGGCUCACUGCCUGAACCGUUUCUGCUGGAGCAGAGUCAGGACUCCAAGCAGCAACUCCACGAAUCCUUCCCUGACAGCAGCUUCUUGACUUCCACUUCCAGCCCAUUUCAGGUUGAGAAAGAACAGUGCUUGAACUGUCCAGAAACUGUUACUCAGAAGGAAGACAGCACCCAUUUAAGUGACUCCAGCUCAUACAACAUUGUCACUAAGCUUGAGAGGACACAGUUGUCCCCCGAGGCCAAACUGAAGCCAGAGAGGAACAACCUGGGCACCAAGAAGGGCCGGGUGUUCUGCACGGCCUGCGAGAAGACCUUCUACGACAAAGGCACCUUGAAGAUCCACUAUAAUGCUGUGCACCUGAAGAUCAAGCACAAGUGCACCAUCGAAGGGUGCAACAUGGUGUUCAGCUCCCUGAGGAGCCGGAACCGCCACAGCGCCAACCCCAACCCUCGCCUGCACAUGCCCAUGAACAGGAACAACCGGGACAAAGAUCUGCGGCACAGCCUGAACCUGGCCCGCACUGAGAACUACAAGCGCCCAUGCUUCCUGGGGACGCCUCCAGACUGCAGGCCUCUGCCUGGCUACCCUGCCUCAGGAGAUGACUCCAAAGGCCAGCCAGCCUUCUCGAGCCUCGGGCACAAUGGUGUGCUGUUUCCCAACCUCAAGACGGUACAGCCAGUCCUUCCUUUCUAUCGCAGCCCAGCCACUCCAGCUGAGCUGGCCAACACGCCUGGGAUGCUGCCUUCUCUCCCACUGUUGUCCUCCUCCAUCCCAGAACAGCUGGUUCCCAACGAAAUGCCAUUUGAUGCUCUUCCCAAGAAGAAAUCCCGCAAGUCCAGUAUGCCCAUCAAAAUAGAGAAGGAAGCUGUGGAAAUUGCCAACGAGAAGAGGCACGCCGCCCUCAGCUCAGACGAAGAUGCCCCCCUUCAGGUGGUCAGUGAGGACGAGCCAGAAGCCUGCAGCCCUCAGUCUGACCAGGCGCCCGAGGAGCAGCACCUUCCGUCAAGCUAUGUGGGGAAGCCUCUCGCAGAAGGAGAGGGGUCCCACCACUUCAAGUCGGUGAUCGAGCCCAGGGGAAUCAUCCUCCGAACCCCCGAGCAAGACACAUACAACAUGGAGAAGGAGCCUGAGCGGAAGCCAGUGGUGCCCUUGGUGCCAAGAGAGGUAGAGGACAAUGGCUGUGAGCCCCUUCUCCCCGCUGGCAUGGAGCCCCUCGGGCCCUUUCCUGACUACAUCAAGCUGCAGCAGCGACUGCUGGCCGGAGGCCUCUUCAGUGCGUUGUCUACCAGGGGAAUGGCAUUUCCUUGCUUUGAAGAUUCUAAAGAGCCAGAGCAUGUGGCUCAGCAUGCACUAGCGAGGCAAAAGAAAGACAGUCGUUUCCAGUGUGACAUCUGUCAGAAGAGCUUUAAAAAUGCUGCCAGUGUGAAAAUGCACCACAAGAACAUACACAGCAAAGAAGCACACCUGUGCAUGGUUGAGGGCUGCAGCACCACCUUCCCAUCCCGCAGGAGCAGAGACAGGCACAGUUCAAACCCAAACCUCCACCAGAAAGUUCUGACCCAAGAAGCACUGGAGAGCACCGAAGACCAUUUCCACGCAGCCUACCUUCUGAAAGAUGUGGCUAAGGGGGCCUAUCAGGACGUGGCUUUCACACAGCAAGCCUCCCAGACAUCUGUCAUCUUCAAGGGAACAAAUCGGAUGGGCAGUCUGGUUUACCCAAUGACCCAAGUGCACAGCACCGGCCUGGAGAGCUACAGCUCUGGCCCCCCAAGUGAGGGCACCAUCCUCGAUUUGAGCACUACCUCGAGCAUGAAGUCAGAGAGCAGCAGCCGUUCCUCUUGGGAUUCCGAUGGGGCCAGUGAGGAGGGUAGCAUGCUGAUGGAGGACAGUGAUGGGAACUGUGACGGCUCUGGCCUGGUCCCUGGGGAAGAUGGCUAUCCCAUCUGCGUCCUGAUGGAGAAGGCUGACCAGAGCCUGGCCAGCCUGCCUUCUGGGUUUCCCAUCACAUGUCACCUCUGCCAGAAGACAUACAGCAACAAAGGGACCUUCCGGGCCCACUAUAAAACCGUACAUCUCCGCCAGCUCCACAAAUGCAAAGUGCCCGGCUGCAACACCAUGUUCUCCUCUGUGCGCAGUCGAAACAGACACAGCCAGAAUCCCAACCUGCACAAAAGCCUCGCUGCCCCUCCAAGUCCCCUCCAGUAGCAAGGUGGGAGGCCGAGUGUGCUCGGAUGCAGUCAUUCUCAUUCAGGAAGGUGGUGUAGUCCGUUGUCCAAUAACUUUGUUCAGCACCAUCUGGGCAAGCCAGGCUAAAAGCAUUUGAUUUGAUCUGAGUUUUCCACACUAGGUUGAGUGAAAGGAAAGUCUUGUGGGAAGUUGGCAUUGAGAGGCAGCCUUUCCAAGUAUUAUUUUUGUUAGCCCCAGAGGUUGUUUUGUUGUCUUUUUUUUCCCCCUCACCCCAUGAACAUAAAGAAAACUUGCAGAAACUCCGUUUUUCCCAGGUUUGUUUACAUGAUCCCUGCAGAUCAGCAUUUGAGGGGGCCAGGACCUGGAGGGAAAGGGAAGCUUGCAGUAUUACCCAUCAAGUAUGUGUUACGGAGGAAGUCUACAGAAGAGUGAGAAACCAACCCCAAGGAACCUACUUUCUGUUCCUUCUUUCAGGAGGAUGGACACGGGUUUGGCUUAAGGGGGAAAAUGACAUUUUGAGGCCAUUCCUCCAUUUGGAGUAGGGAAUUGCUUUGCUCUUUUUCUUUCAAUUCUAAAGGUCUCGUGUUACUCCAGGGAGUACUCAGAGGAAGCAGGUUGGCCUCUUACACAUUCCUUGUUCAUUCUUCAUCUGUAAACAAGUUCAAGAGCUAGGGGAAGCACAUUUCAUACGUUUCAACAGUAGUCAUCUUCAAUUUGAUUCACAGAUAAUUUUGUGAUACUGUUUCAUUGGUGUGGGUGCGGAGUGCGGGCCGGUGUGUGGCGGCACACCCACACUGCUGUCGAGAAAGGAGACACCCAUCAGUCCGGUGAAACAGCCGCCUCCUAAAAUGGGGCAUUUAGCAGAUCUCAGAGCCUAUGGUUAGUAAAAAGAAAUUGAAGUUUGUAUUCAGAGUUCAAAUCCACUACCUUUUAAAUUCAUGGUUGAUUUAAAGUCACAAAAACAUUCCAGAAAACGUUGAGGGUUGGAAGAGAGCGUAAUCCUCUGGCAUAAACGUUUAAAAAGCCAGUGACCUACUGCAGAUUAUUUCAAUUACUUUUUUGUUUGUUUGUUUGUUUUUAAAUAAAUGUGACAUCUUUAAUACUUUGCUUGAAAUGAGAUGUAUCUCUCAACUGUUUUGUUACCCAGCUGUUUAAUAUUCCAGUUUCCCCAAAGUAGAAAAAUGUGUAUACGAAUGAGUUUUCUAUGAUUUAAUAAAGAUAAUAUGACACCUUUA